CGCUUUACUGUAUCAUAUGCAUUGUAAAUAAGUAUGACACGAAUGAACAGUAAGGUUCCUCAAUAUCAUGGAAUUUUGGUCCUUGGUUCGCUUUCAGCUUUUUAUGUGUUAGAAUACAUAAAGAUAUUUCGUAACAUAAAAGUAAAUACUGUCGCAUUAUCAUGUAUACUCGUAAAUUACUUAAGACGUAGGAAAAUGAAAUGCUAAUAAUGACUCUUGAGCUAUUCCCAACUGGCACGAAGCCUAGAAGCUAAAAAUGUUACUGUAAACUUGUUCACAUUUCUGCAAGUUCGUGUUUGUUGUCCGCAUAAAAGACUCUUUGUCCUUCACUGAGUUCUGAAAUAAAGCAAGUCUAUAUUCGAUAAAAUCCUGGCCAUUACUGAGUACUGAAAUUUGGCAGCAGCCCUCAAAUUGCCAUUUGAAUUUAACAGAAUAUUUACUAAUGCAGCAAAAAUGAAGCUGCUUACGUACUCGUAACAUCUGUUGUAUAAAGAACAGAUGUGUGUCAUGAUGUAUGGUCAACUGAACUUGGAUCCAGGAAUAAUUAUAUAUUUAAUAUGAAUCUAGUCAGAUAUCAGAUAUUUGAUAGCAGUGUUGUUUUAAACCGAAAUUUUGCAUUGUCAGAAUUUGCAACGCUUUGAAACCAUACGCUGAAAUGUCUCCGAGACGUACAGUGACCUCUUUGUAUCUGUCAACCCUUGACAUAAUGGUCAAUAGCGUUGUCACUGCAUUUUCAUUAAUUCACGCUGAAGGUAAUUUAGAUGAAUGGGACACAUACGAUGUGUACGAGGAGGAACUGCAGUCAGUUGCCAACUAUUUAACUUCCCUACCACACAGCAUAUCUCAAGAACUUAUGCAAUCCAUUCUUAGCAGUGAAGAACUAGAUGCUGCAAUCAGAUUCUGUACCCUCAGACUUCUGUUUCAUGACUGUGUCAGAUCACUCAUCGUAGGAGCAUUUCCUAAAGAAUACUACAUGAUGAUAUUAGAUGUAAUUGGUAAUAAUGGAGCGGAACUGCAGAUGUUGGAUUUGAGAGGUGUUUGGGUAAAAGGAGAUGAGGCUCAGAAAUUACAGCAUACAUUGGAGAAACUACCAAAACUGAAAGAAUUGUACAUUCCUCAUGUUGCAAGUGAUGGUGUUCUGGCGGCACUUGGACAAGAUCAUGCUUCUCUUUUAGUAUUAGAUAUCUCGGGAGCAUGCAGCAUUUCACGGGAAGGUAUUGAAAUGUUGUGCUGUGGUCCUUCUUCCUCAGUCCGUCCUUCUCAUUUACAAAUAGUGAAUAUAGGAAGCCCAGGAGAGGAAAAUGUAAUUGCCUCAAACAUAGAGAUACUUUUGAAAAACCUUCCUGACUUAAAAUCUUUAGGUGGUUAUUCAUUUGUUGGGAAAACUUUAUUAAAUUUUAUAUCUGAAGAUGCAAGAAUAACACAAGAAACUAAAUUACAGUACCUACAUGAUACUGGAACGGAUGCAGAUACGCUGGAUGCUAUAGUGAAAUUGUGCCCCAAGUUGGAAUCUAUAUACUUGGAUAGACCAACAGAUGGUGUUGUUACAAGACUUCACUUGAUUUCUAAUCUGAAACAAGUGAAACUAAAUAGAUUUGACUGUGCAGAAUUAGACAUCAUGUUGACGAAGUGUGGAGGGUCACUUAAUACGUUAGAGCUUGUAGUGGGGAGAGGUGUGAUGGACAUGAGUUCAGUAGCUAACCACUGCUCUCAGCUUGAAAAACUCAUGUGUUACAAAAUGGAGUUUCUGACACAUUAUGAUCAAGUGAUGUUUUUGAGUUUAACAAAACUUGAAAUUCUUCACUCAACUAUAACCACAUCAUGUAUUAGAUAUUUGUUGUCAUGUUCACCACAGAUCCAAGAGUUGAGUAUUGGAGAGGAUAUUGACUUGACUGACGAUGAUUUUGCGGACAUUCUCGGAAAGACAUCACUCCCACAAUUGCGCGAAUUAUGUUUUCGAAGUGCUAGGAAUCUCUCAAGAGUUACAGUCGAAGUACUCAUGGUCACAUGCCCAAACCUGAAAAGCAUUGCAGUGCUGGGUGGAUGGGGUCUUAGUCCUGAUGACGUUCAGGAAUUACUUUACGAAAUACAAAUUUCCAAUUUAGAUUUGAUGUUGUGGGAAUUCAUCGUAGACUAAAUUUCAGCUCAAAAAUGGCUUAUGUAUGUUCUUCUGUAGUUGCAAAGAAGUAAUACAAAUUUUGUUUACUGUUUGAUAUAAAUAUGUUUGAAAGAAAGUUGGCAUUAACUUCACUGACAAGCAGCAAUUGCUCGGUCAGUGUAGUUCGCUUGCAGACUACAGGCCAUGGAGUUUGUUUUUUGUUUUGUUGAAAGAAAGUUAUCCGCUAUGGGCUACAUAUAUUGCCUUCUUAUUUUUUGCCCCUUAACUUUAACAAUUUGACUCAAAAUUGGGCCAUUGUGUAAUAUAUUUGCACGUGACAUAAUACAAAUAUUUGAUUGAUUUACAGUUUUUGUCUAAAAUAAUUUUCCAUGUGGUGUAUAUUUAACAAAGAACAAGAACAAAUAUUUUCUGACUACAUGCGGUGUGAUCAACUUUGUAACACAGUGCUUGUGCUUGCCUAAAUUUGAGAUUGUAAUUAUUCACAUUCAUAAUGAUUCUUCUUUCUCUGUAAAGCUUUCAUUCAAAUAAAGGUUCUGUUUUAUGUUGUUAA